GUAUUUAACUGCUCUCGAUAAAAAAAAUCAAGUAUUAAAAAAAAAAAACGAACCGUACCAUACCGACAGCAGACGGUAUUUAACUGCUCGAAACAGUUGAACCAUAAUUGAAGCACGAUUUCAGUAUGAAAUAUCCCUACCGCUAACUUUUCCGCGGUACAGCCUCCGAUACCAUAUUCCAAUCCCGGAAAAAAAAAAGACACCAUCUAAUCAAUACAGCAGGCAUACUCUAAUCUAGGGGUGGCAGUUCGGUUACCGGUUAACCGACUGGUUAAACCGAUAACCAAACGAUUAUCCACUAACCGAUAACCAAAGUAACCGAACUUCGGUCGGUUAUCGGAAGCUGGCCAAAAUGAUUUUUUGGUCUUAAAAGUGGUUCGGUUAACCGAUAACCGAGGUAACCGAAAAACAAAAUUCUAUUUCGAUCGGUUUUCAAUAAGGAUAGUGUUUAUUUCGGUUAACCGAUAACCGACUAAUCGAUUACCGGUUAUAACCGAAAUAGGCAAUUAAUAACCGAAUUGCCAGGCCUAGUCUAAUCUAGUGAGUGUUUAACAACACACUAAGCACACGGUGACGGUAAGAGUACACUCACUCACUCACUCGCUCACACGGUAGGAAAGACUAAUGGGCUCGUGCCAGCUGGCAACUCCAAUUUGUAGGACACAUCGCCCUCCCAUUCCAGGACCCUCCCUCCCACGUCUCAAUUUCCCCCUCCCCCUUCCUCCCUCUAUAAAUACACUCUCCCUCUCUCUCUCAUUACUCAACUUUUCACUCUCAUUUCUCUCCCUCUCCACCUUUACGACUCACUGUCCUUCACAGAGUAGGACACUGCCCUUAAACCAAAAGGAGGGUCGAAAGAAAAAAAAAAUGGGGAACGUGGCAGCCGAUUCACCAUGCUCAAGCUCCUCCACGGCCAGCAUCGUCACCAACCCGGCCACUCCUUCCUCGUCCGGGUCGAACCGGGGUAAACCCGGCCCGGAACCGGAAACCAAUAACGUCGAGCGGGUCAAUAAGCUGAAGCGAGGGAGAGAGGAAGGCGGCGGCGGCGGAAAAAGCGGGGAGAAGCACCCGGUGUACAGAGGGGUGAGAAUGCGGACGUGGGGGAAGUGGGUCUCCGAGAUCCGGCAGCCGAGGAAGAAGAGCCGGAUCUGGCUGGGGACCUUCGCCACCGCGGAGAUGGCGGCGCGUGCGCACGACGUCGCCGCGCUCAGCAUCAAGGGGGCCGCCGCCGCCAUCCUGAACUUCCCCGAACUCGCCGGCUCCCUCCCGAGGCCGGCAUCCAACUGCCCGCGCGACGUCCAGGCAGCCGCCGUCAAGGCCGCCGCCAUGAGCUUCGGCGCCGAGACGUCGUCGUCUUCCGCCUCCUCGCUUCUCUCGUAUUCCUCGUCGUCGGCGGCGGAGGUCUCCUCCGCGCCGUCGUCGAGCGGCGGAGACGGGGAGGCGGCGGAGGAGGAGCUCUGCGAGAUCGUGGAGCUGCCGAGGUUGGGAUCGGAGUCGGCGGCGGCGGCGGCGGAAUUGGUGGACGAGUUUGUGUGGCACGGGGACUCCUGGCUGUAUGAUCGGACGUGGAGCAGCGAUGACUACGGCGGCGGCGCCGGCGGCGUGGGAGGUGGAGGGUACUUUAGCGACGAAAUACUGUCUUUAAUGGCGGAGACGACAGGCGGCGGCAGCGGCGGCGGUGGUUUUGGAAACUCGUUGUGGCAGCAUUACUAGUGUUACUUAAUUAGUAAUACUGGUUAGUUAGUUAAUUACUGUUAUACUUCAUAAUUAAACCUUUUUCUCGGUGUGUUUUUUUUUUGUUUUUUGUUUUUUCAUUUUCCCCCUUUUUGUGUGAUGGGAGAAAUGUUGUAUUUUAAUCUAGGGAAAAAGAAAAAAGAGAGCCCUUUUUUGCAGAGCUGAAAAAAGAAAGAUACUUCCCUUACUUCUCAAGUUGGGUGUUUAGGGGCAACAAAUUACUGUUGAUGCUGCUAAUUAAUUUUGUUUAAGCAUUCCCACGAAAUAUUACUGUGCGUCAUUUAUAACCUUAGUUUCGAAUUCAGUCGUCAAAGAAUUUAGUUACUAACUUACUAUAAGUCGAGGAGAAGGAGGAGGAUUGCGAUAUUGAAUAGCACUCUUAUACCACCGUAAUAGCAGUACUCUUUUAAAGAUAAUUAACUGUUGACUUGACUGAAUGAAAGUCAGUAGAAAAAUACUCGAAUAAUUUCGUGUUUUAUCGGUGGACCCUACUCUAACUCGAGGUAAUUAGCAUUUAUUAACCCAUGACCAAAAUAAUUUGUGUUAUUGUAAAUGGUUCUUUUUUAAUUUAUAUAUAUGAAAACUUGUGGUAUAAUGGCUCUCCUCUGGCCUAGAUGCCUGUAUUUUGCUGUUCUAAUCAACUGGACAUGUUUUUAGCUCAUUGGUGUCACUCAAGUUGUGUGCAGCAGCAAGUUGUCAAGAGAAAAAACAAAUUUUGUCAAAGAAAAGAAAACAAGGACAAAAUUAUUAAUAUUUUAUAGAAAGCAAUUAUUUCCCAUGGCAAUAAUAUUGUGAUCUUAAAAUAAAAUAUGUUGGAUUUUUUUGUAAUACUAAAUGCAAUCCUAACACCCUGCCAAUAUACCAAGCAUCUUAACAAUUAAAUAGCCAUUGAAAAUGGUCAACAAGCUAACUUUAAUUAACAAAACCAAAGCUAGUGGGUAGCAAUUAAAGCCCUUCCUACCUUCCCUCCUUAUGUUAAUGAUUAAGGGGGGAAUGGUUAAGAAAAGUAUAGGUGAAACUCGACAUGGAUUCGAAUAGGAGAUCUUUAUCAAGUGAUUCUAAAAAGUGUUAGUCAUUUAAUAUAAUGGACUCUUGAUGGGAUACGACCAUUAGAUUUGGAUCGAUACUUUAUUUAAUGAGUCUCCUUUCGUAUUUCGAUCGCGCUGAUUAUAAUUUCGUCAUUACAACCUUGUUGAGUUUCCCCUCCCCCGCCCUUUCUGUUUGUUUGGCGAUGUGGGCAAUUUUCUUUUCGUGUCACCAUCAGUGCGUAAACAACAACGGUAUAACUUUUACGGAUUGCUUGCUUGUUGAAUUUGGAGAACAUCCAUAGUAAAAAUGACAAUAGAAUGAUUGGCAACUAAACAGAGACAAUAUAAUAUACAGAGAUAAUAAAUAGAUGGGAACGACUACGGUGCUAAUUGUACAAUAGUUAGCACCGUCCUAACCAAGGGAAAACUACUACUAGUUUGAAUUAGUAGUGAUUUAGCUUAGAUGUUGUAUUGAUUUUAUAAUAAUCCGUAGUGAUUUUUGCUAGUUAUCACGGUGCUAACCCCUAUAAGGGUUAGCACCUAAUCCCAUCCCUAAAUAGAUCUAGCUAGCUAGCUUCUUAAUUAUAGACUAAUCGUUGAUUAAUCAAGGGGUAAUACAUUGGACUGUUGCUGCCACUUUACACAUACGCAUACUUAUUAUUAUUAAUUACCAUUAUUAUUAUUAAUUAAGGAUGUAUCGUCCAGAUUUUGUUGUGGUCGGAAAGAGGCAAUUUGUCUCUCAUACUGGCAAGAUGCAGUUGGCCACGUACCAUGAUUCGGAAACAAGGAGGAAGAAUAUACUUACACAAGGAAACGGCACCCAUGUUAUAUAAAUAAUAAUGCUCCAUUAUUGAUUAUUUUGAUCCUAUGUUCCAUUCUUUGAUUUGUAAUUAAAGAAUUUAGUAAUAUACCAACACAUAACAGUAAAUAUUCCAUGGCCUC